AUGUUGACAAGAGUUAUAGCAUUUUUUACUCUUACCGUUUUGGUGUCGGCGGGUAGGUCGCCUAAUGCCGAUUAUAUUGAGGAGUUAGUGAAAGCCAACGCUUUCGGACCUUACAUCUCAGAUAAUGUUUUAGAAGACGCCACUCUUGAUCUCAAGGAUUUAGUGCGCAAGUACAACUAUCCUUUUGAAGAAUAUAAUGUGAUUACUGAAGACGGAUAUGUUUUGGGACUGCACCGUAUUCCUCAUGGCCGGGAUAGGAACAACAGCCCAGGGAACAAGCCAGUGGUAUUCCUUAUGCAUGGAUUAUUGUCAUCUUCCGCAGAAAACGUUUUUAUGGGACCCGGAAGUGGUUUGGCCUACAUUCUAGCUGAAGAAGGCUAUGAUGUUUGGAUGGGUAAUGCACGUGGAACACAUUUUUCAAGAAGAAAUUUGCUUUUAAACCCUGAUGAUCGUACUAACACUAUUUUCUGGAGAUUCUCUUGGGAUGAUAUCGGUUCUAAGGACUUGCCAGCUAUGAUCGACUUCACACUGUCACAUACAAAGCAGGAAAAAUUGCAUUAUGUGGGAUUUUCUCAGGGCACUACAUCUUUUUGGGUGUUGGCUUCUUUGAAACCCGAGUAUAAUAAGAAAAUCAUUUCAAUGCAAGCGAUGGCACCCGUCGCAUACAUGGCUAAUAAUAACAUUGGUUUAUUUAAAAUUUUGGCUCCUUAUUCAAAACAAGUGACUGACCUACUGGCAUCGAUUGGCAUCAAUGAGAUAUUUCCCAGAAGUAAAGUUAUAACAAGUAUUGGACAACUUUUUUGCAGUGAUGGUAGACCAACACAGUUUAUAUGCGCUGAAUUUUUAUACGUAAUAGCAGGGAAGAAUCCAGAUCAGCUUAAUAUGACUAUGCUGCCGGUGUUAAUGGGACAUUUGCCAGGGGGUGCCGCUAUGAGGCAACUGACUCACUAUCUCCAGUCAAUAGAUGGAAAGGAGUUUAGACGUUAUGAUCACGGAGCAGUUUUAAACCUUUUAGAGUAUGGUUCAAUAACUCCGCCACGAUAUGACUUAUCAAAAGUCGACGCUCCAGUUUUCUUACAUUACUCCCAAGCUGAUCCUUUAGCCGAAGUGCCAGAUGUGGAGAGAUUAUAUUCAGAGUUAGGAAACGUUUUAGGAAAAUAUAGAAUUGAACAACCGACCUUUAGUCACAUUGACUUCGUUUGGGGAAUUGACGCCAAAACAUUGGUAUUUAAUAGACUUAUUAAUGCAAUGAAGUCAAUGGACUAG